AUGAAAUCAUUGAAUGUGAACAAUACCGAUACCAUGUACAAAGUAAUCAUUGAUAAACAUUUGGAGCAGCCGGAAGGGCUCGCACUUGACCCUGAAGAUGGAUUGCUAUUCUUUUCCGAGAACUCACCGAGUGUUCGAAUAGAAAAAGCUUCCUUAGAUGGAGAGAAUAGAUCUGUUAUUGUAUACAGAAGCUUGUUAAGAAUAAUGUCCCUUUCCACGGAUACUGAAAACGAUCUGCUGUAUUGGGCUGAUCUUGAUCGAGAAACAGUGGAGGUUUGUAACUAUGACGGGUCCAACAGAACGGUCCUGAGACGAAUGGUUGAUGUACCACUCACAGGAAUACAAUAUUUUGAGGGUGUGAUUCACGGUGUAAGCCUUCGUAGAAGAAAGCUUGUUGGAAUUGACGUCAAUUCGAGAAAAAUUCAGUACGAAGUGACAUUACAAAUCGGUGAUCCAUUUGUCUUAGCUGUUUAUGACGUUAAAACCAACACAAGUUUGACUGGGUAG